AAAUAAAGUUAACAUUUUAAUACAAGAUGGACACAGCAACAACAACAGCGGAAAAGAGGAGCUUUAAAGUAACCAAUAGUAACCAAUUCCAAGUGCUGAUAAGUUUGAUGGAAUCAAAUGAAAAAUUGGCAAAAUGCUUGCCGGCCAGUGGUGCUAGAGAAAGACUUUUACUGGAAGAGGCCUGGAAUAAUGUGGCACGUGAAGUUAAUUCUUUUGGACCACCUGAGAGAACAGGAUUCGAAUGGAAAAAGAUCUGGGCUGAUUUUAAAUCGCGCACCAAAAGAAAAGUCUACGAAAACAAAAAACAUUCAAAUGGCGAGAAAGGCUUCUCUCGCAUACCUUUAACAGACCUAGAGCAAACUGUAGAUAGAAUAUUGCAAUUUUCAGCAAUGCCUUUACCGGAUGAAUUGCCAGUUGAGGAAUUUGAUGUGGUCUUUGAUGAUUUAAUUAAUUCCUAUGAAGUUAAAAUGGAAACAGAGGCUACCGCUUCAACUUCCCAACAACCGCAAACAAAAACAAGUGCAAAGAAAUCAAAAACAACGAAAAAAUCGAAAGCAACUCCUCAACCUCCAGUAUUGGGUAAAAGAAAAUUCGAUAAAAUGGAAUUACAAUUUAGAUUAUUACAGCAACAGGUACAAACCCAAGAUAAAAUAUUUAAGGUAAUGCGAAUGCAAGCGGCAGCCACAAAAGCUAUGGCGGAGGCCACAAAUAGACAGGCUCAGGCUUUAGCUACCAUUGCAGAUUCGACACAAGCAAUUGCUAAAUCUAUGGAAGAGGCUUUGAAAUAUUUGAAAAAGGAUUGAAUUGUUCAACAAUUUUAAACUGUAAAAUUAUCUUCAUAUUUUACAAAAUUGACGGGAGAAACUUAAUAAUUUUUUAACUAAAAGUAAUGAAAAAGUUAAUUUCCUGUAAAUAACUUUAGGGACUAUUAUUUUUUUAUAAUACCAAAUUGGUAUUUUCUAUUUUAUUCGUGGUAUAUAAUAAAUAAUUAUAUAUUUAUAAUAAUUAUAUAUGAUGUUUAAUAUAUAAAUUGUUUUAUGUACUUAGAAAUUUUAAAUAUGGCGUUUGUUUAUAUAAAAAAACUUAGCUAUAAUCGUAAAACAUGAAGAAUAUCAAAUACAUAUGCUAGAUGGACACAAUUUCUAUUUGGUUCGAAAAGCAGAAUAGAAUAUCGAUGAAUAUUUUUGCCUAUAUACAUUAAGGUGGGCAAUUUAAGAAAAUUUGCAAAAAUUUUGAUAAUUUGAGUUUAAAUACGUAUUAAGUUCGAACAACUUUGGACAUUCUUUAUAUCAUCAAGAUUGAAAAGUAUAUUUCUGAGUCUUAAAUCAAUCACUGAGACCUGUCGCCAUGGUUAAAUUAUCCCAAAAAGCACUUACCUUUAAGUUUCCAUAACUAUUUCAUUAUUAUUUAAUUAUUUUCUUAAUUUCUUUUUAUUUUGGUUUAUGUUUUUGUCUACAGAACAUUUUUUUGUGAAUUUUUGUUUGGU